AGGCCCAAUGCGAGAUCGAUUAGCGGAUUUUCAGCGUAGAGUCGUCACUGACCGAUUUGAAGAGGUCGAGUUGGGUCCUACACCACCAGCUGGCGUUCCGGAAGGGAUUGCCACAGCCAUAGAUGGACGGUUGAGUUUGACUCGUAAGCUACUCAGUGAACUCCAGUCGGAAAUUGAAGUACUUCGUCGAAAAGAACAGCACAUUUUAGCUUUAGCUGUAGCCGAUCCUACUGAAAAGGAUGUGCUGGAAGACCAAAUAGGAAAGAUCCGGCGAAAAACGGUCGAUUUGAGGAGAAUGGUGAAUGAAGUCGACAAUGAAUUCAAUGAAUUUGCGAGAGUCUGUAAAUCUUCCGGAGAAGUGCGAGUCCGCAAAAACCAAAUCGAUCUCAUAAGGAAGAAGCUGAGAGAUCUCAUCAUUCAGUUCAACGAAACACAUGCUGAUUAUCGGUCACGAGUGUCGGUGCGAGUUCGACGUCAGCUACGAGCAGUCGGUGAAAAUGUUACGGAAGAGGAGGCAGAUAAAAUCAUUGACGCUGCCGGUCACGAUGAGCUGUUUUUCCGCCAAGUGAAUCCCUUAUCUGUAUCGGCAAAGGCUGCCUUAGCUGAUGUCAAACGCAGGCAUAAUGAGAUUGUCGAGUUGGAGAAGAGCAUACAGACAAUGCAAGAAAUUUUUGUCGACUUGCAGAAUCUCACAGAAAUACAGAACGAAAUGGUAGACAACAUUGCGCAAAAUAUUGAGACCACUAAGGAACACGUGGAACAAGGUGCUCGAAAUGUGAAGGUUGGGUUGGAGUACAAGAAGAGCGCAACACGAAAAAAGAUAUUGGUCUUACUAUGUGUAAUCAUUAUAAUUCUUCUUCUCAUCGUGGCCGCAAUCAUAUUGGCAGUUUUCCUCUCGAACCACAAAUAAAGUAUGUCGAUAUCCGGUGCCAACGAUCUUUGCGACGCAACAGUUUCCCUCUACCAUAUGAGACGACGCAUCUAUUCUCGCCGUUUUUCGUAUCUUCUCAAGUGGCCUUCUCUUUGUUUGUUUUUUGUAGAUAAUUACUUGCUACUUAUGACACAUAAAUCACUUAUCUUGUGGAUAUCUUGCAUUUGCAGAGGUUUCGAGGUCACGGGAAGCGUUUUUGACGAAUUUUCUCAUGCGUUUUUAAUGUACAUUUGUUGACUAAAACACCUACCAAGCUGUUACAACCCGAUCAGUCUGCAAACCGAGGACGCUCCACGUCUGCAAAU